AAACAAGCACACAGUUUAUUUGUAAACACGCAGGCCAACACAUGGCUGGUGAAUUCGUUUGAUAAAAGAAAUCUUUGUGAUUUGUGAAACCUGCAAUCAGUUUCAAUUUAACUACAGAAACCAUGGCGCCGGAUUUCAUUCCGAUUCAAACGAAAGCCUCCCGAGUGAAGGAGGCUACUUCCGAAUUCAGCGUGACUGUUUUCGAGCCCAAAAAAGCCCGAGCCAAUCGUCCGAAACUGCCCAAAGUGAAACGACUUGCCCCGGAGGAUGACGCCAAAUCCGACGAUAACGGUGACAGUGAUGAGGCCGAUAUCGAUGACAUCUUCUCGGAUGCCCGCAGGCGAAAGCGGAAGGUUAAGGAAGAUCCACAAACGUUCGACAUCAGCAGGGCCCGCAAGGAGGUCAUCAACUUUGGCAUAUCCGGCUUUGACAAGGACACAAAACACGAGGCAAAGGUGGCGCUGGCCAUCAAGCUGGGAGCGAAAGCGCCAAAGAAUCCGUACCGGAACUACAAGGAGAUCCUGGAGGAACGGAAGCGCCAAAAAGAGGACACGGAUCGGGAGAAUCGUCGCCGAAAGGGGCAGAGCUUCGGGGCGGCCAAAUCCUUCCAGCAGCACCAGCAGCGGGCGCGGCAGAAGGCCUCCGAUCCCGGAUCGGUUACGAAGCAUUACGGCGUGGUUGAUCCGAAGAUUGGCGACAAAAAGAAGCGGAAGGGUUGACGGGGUUGAAUAAAUAAUCUAAGAGUUGUUAAAAA